UUUAUAAUCUGCUCUACGUCAGGGCAGAAAAAGCACGUGGCCUCCGACUCUGAGGUAAAUAAGCACUUCCCUGUCUUAUAUAGAAAGACGAAUAACAAAGGAGUAGAGUUGUCACCGCUGGUCUGUGUAUGCUGUUUUUCUCUUGGGCUUCAGAUCUCAAAGACAAGACAGCAAAGACAGCGUGAGCGAUGUCUGCUGUAAAGACAGAAGAUUCGGCAAACGGUGGAGGACUUGUGUAUGAGGAUAUUGAGGAAAAGGAGAAUGUCAGACCUGAGGAUCUUUCUGAGAUGCUGGCUGCAGGAACCAAGGAAGUUCAUGAGAAGGCUGAAAACACACAGUUCGUCAAAGAUUUUCUCCGUGGACGCAUACGCAGGGAGCUCUUUAAGCUUGGAGCAGUGGCUCUCUACUACACCUACUCAGCCAUGGAGGAGGAAAUCGAAAAAAACAAGGAUCACCCACAUUUCGCACCUCUCUACUUCCCCGCCGAACUGCACCGCCGUGACGCCUUGGCCCAGGAUCUCCAGUAUUUCUACGGUGACGACUGGCAGCGUGAGAUCAGCUGCUCCCCUGCCACUCAUCGCUACGUCGAGCGCGUUCAUACAAUCGGCCGUGAAGACCCCUCCCUGCUGGUGGCUCACGCCUACACGCGCUACAUGGGUGACCUCUGCGGAGGACAGGUGCUGAAGAAAGUGGCCCAGCGUGCCCUUAAGCUGCCUCCUACUGGAGAGGGAGUUUACUUCUACCAGUUUGAUGGGAUCCACAGCCACAAGGGCUUCAAGCAGCUGUACCGGAGCCGCAUGAACGAGCUAGAGCUUGAUGAUGACACCAAGCAGAGGAUCGUCCAAGAGGCCGUUCUGGCCUUUCAGCUCAACAUGGAGGUUUUCCAAGAACUGGAGGAAAUUGGAAAGACUAUUGAAGACGAGGUUCUGGAUGGAGGUCCUGUCCAUGGUGACAUGCAAGGAGACAUUAGUAAAUGCCCAUAUUAUGCUGCCAAGAUGGCUGCCAGUGGAGGAUCUGCAUAUGUUUAUCAGAUGGCUGCGGGGUUGUUGAGAAAGCCCACAGGUCAGGUGCUGCUGGCUGCUUGGAUCGCUGCUCUUGCUGGAUUGGCGGCUUGGUACCUCCUGUAAUAGUUGUGCGUUAGUGGAAGUGUAGAAGUUAACAGUUUGUGUUAAUGAAACGGCACUUUUCCUUCCUUCCCUUGAAUCUUCAUGUUAAAUAGAAAUGCUACAGCUGUUGUCCUGAGCAUGAAUAAUCAGCUUCUACCACCAACAUCAAAACUCAUGAAGACUGACCAAUAAACGGAACGAUUCAGUUUGUUUCUGAUGGAUGACCACACAUUCUUCUCUUGCUUGGUAAACAGUGUGUCACAUUUACCCUUAUGUAGAUUGCGUAGAUGUGUUUCAUUAGUAUUCUUUUACACAAAUGUUUCCAAGUGGAAGAUCUAAGACACACAGCUUAUUGUGAGCUGAAAUUGUAAUGCAAAGUGUUAUAUAACAAAUAAUACGGUUUGGUUUGUUCUAUGUUAAGUUUCCAGAGUACAUGUUACAGGUUUCUUUGAUUGCCAGCUUAAUAUUUAAACUUUUAUUCGCUUUUCAUUUCUCAUAUUUGUUUGUUAAUUCUAAAUUAAAUAACUAGUCAUUAAAACAGUGUUAUUUCCCUUCUUAAGUAACUUAGGUGGUAUUUUGGCAGGUUUGUGCUCUCACAAGCAUUUGUGCAGGGCAAGACAGUUACUUUGAUGACAGUAAAGUCUGAAGAAUUUGUUGGGUAUUUUUGGCUUGAUGGUGUGAACAGACUUAGUUAACAGAGCUCAAAGUUAGUGCUGAAUCCCAAAUUGCACAUUAUUGUAAUAAAAAGUAUGUCUAAUUACAAAUAUAUACAUUGUAAACAUGAGUAAAAACUGAAUAAAUAGGCGUGUCUUCCUACAGGCGUGUCUGUAGGAAGGAAAGGUAAGAUAAAGAUUCUCCUCAUUGCAGCUGCAGACCGACAGACCAAAAACCACUGUUGAGCAAGCCGAGGGCGACAGUGGCAAGGAAAAACUCCCUUAAAAAUACAUGAAAACUUUUGAGAGGAACAGGGGAUUAAAAUUUAUGGAAAUGCUCCUAUGCAAUUUUCC